AUGGGUGCCUCUCGACGCAUAGGCCGACCUUCGGCUAGUAAAAAGUCUAAAAAGAAGUCUGUCAAGAUUCAUGUUCCUAAGAGGUCUCUCCCGGUUACUCUGCUUUCGGGAUUUUUGGGGGCUGGAAAGACGACUCUGUUGCAGCACAUUCUCCGCACGGAACAUGGGCUCAAAAUAGCCGUCGUCGUCAAUGACAUUGGAGCGAUCAACAUCGAUGCCGCCCUGAUCAAGAAAACGCACAAACUGACAAGAACAGAGGAAAAGGUCAUUGCCUUACAGAAUGGAUGCAUCUGUUGCACACUGAGAGGGGAUCUCCUUGAAGAAUUGGUGCGCAUCUCUCAGCUCGAAGAGUUUGACUACAUCAUCAUCGAGAGCAGUGGCAUUAGUGAGCCAGAGCAAGUGGCUGAAACCUUCGACGCUCGCCUUGCAGAACAGAUGGGCGACCUAGCAAGCGCAGAUACUACCAUGCCAUUAGACGAAAAUACAGUGAGAGUGCUCAAACAGAUUAAAGCUGCGGGUGGGCUGGAAAAGUUCGCUCAUCUCGAUACAACGGUCACGGUGAUUGAUGCUUUCACCAUGCUAAACGACUUUGAUACUGCGGAUAUUCUUUCGUCUCGUCGCGACGACGUCACCCCGGAGGAUGAACGAACGGUUUCGGAUUUGAUGGUUGACCAGAUUGAAUUUGCUGAUGUCAUCAUUCUUAACAAAGUCGACAUGAUUGACGAGGAAACUAAAACGGCGGCUAUAAGCUUGGUUAAGAAGCUCAACCACCGAGCCAAGAUUAUCCAGUCUACUCGCGGCAAGGUCGAGGUCAAAGAACUCGUCAACACUGGCUUGUUCAAGCUGGACGUCGCCCAGUCUGGGUACGGAUGGCUGCAAGACCUUCACGAAAUGACGGUGCGCGAGGUCAAUGGACGAAAUGUUGCAACACCCAAGCCAGAGACUGAGGAAUACAAUGUCCAGAGUUUCAUCUACACCCGACGCAGGCCUUUUCACCCUCGAAGGCUAUUUGGCUUGAUAUAUGACAAGUUUAUUCUUCAAAGGGAGCAUCCCGAUGAAGAAGAUGACGAAGAUGAUGAGCUUGACGAACAAGACUCCAGCAUGACCGGGCAGGACGAUCCACGCAGCUCAGGAUCAGUUUCAGGAUCGGACAGACGUGGAAGCGAUUCGGAACAGUCUGAGAAGAGCUCCGCAUCUACAGCUCGAACUGCGCCAUCUCUUGAAGGGGAACCACGGAAGCACACAGACGACGACACGGCCAUGGAUAUCGACGUUGACAUGGACAUCCCACCCAACGCAACGAUCCUGGCCAAUAAACGCGCCCACCCUAUAUUUAGGCGUCUUUUCCGAUCAAAGGGCGAAUUCUUCCUGGCCACCCGCCCCCAUCGGGCGGGAGACUGGUCACAAGCCGGUGCCAUGCUAACACUGACGGGCGGACGGCCCUGGUUCUGCACGCUACCGCCGGAAGAGUAUACUACCGGUGACAAGGACGUCGAUUCUCUUGUACAGCACGACAUCAUGAAGGGCGGUGAGUGGGGUGAUCGCCGACAAGAGCUAGUCUUUAUUGGCGAGAAGCUAGACCAUGCAAACCUGGAGAAGCUCCUGGACGAGUGUUUGCUUACCGACGGGGAGAUGGAGGAGUGGGAGAAGGUCAUGAGAGACGGUGGGCUCGAUGACUCGCUGCGUGUUGAUGCACUGCAGGACGUGUUUGACGACGGGUUCCCAGAUUGGAUUGAAGAAGACGAUGCCGAGGACAUGGACGAAGACGGCCAUCAUGGCCACAACCACAGCCGUAGUUCGAAACACGGCGUGUUAGUCGGAAACUAA